AUGAGGACAAGCGACGAGCGAAUGCGCAACGAAUGGGUGGCAAGUGGCGACGGAGUGCUGUGGGAUGGAUCCCAUCCACGGACGGACUGCGGCCUCCUGAAGGCUACAUGCACUUAUGUGUGGCGAGUGCCUGUGGAACAACUCAGUGACGAUGACUACAGCGACCGCAUCACGCAAAGCGUUAGACAACCAGUGGCCAAGUGGACACCCACCAAGUCCGAUAUGCAGAAGUAUUCUUGGGCGCUGAGCGUUGACCCUCAUGGAUGCGUGUCCAGCCGCCUGGUGUCAUUUAUGGAGCGGGUGGAUGAUGUGAUCGACGAGAACGGUCUACGUCUACAAAUGAAGGACCCGACCAUGCUGAGAACGUUCGUGAAUGUGGUAUGUCACACCAAGCUACCUACGCGACAGAGUGGAGGAGCAAAUGAAGACAGUGCCCGCUAA